AUGAUAGAAGUUGUCUCUUGUAUUCUCGGAGAAGAUGCGGGAAAAAAAGUUGCAGCAGUGCAGUGCUCAAACAAUACGAUUUCUGAUCGAAUUCAUAAAAUUUCUGACCACAUUGAAGAUGAAUUUGUCUUCAGAUUAAUUAACUGUAACCAAUUUUCUUUACAAAUGGACGAAAGCACCGAUGUUUCUGGGUUGUCCAUACUACUUGUUUUUGCCAGAUAUACUCAUGAGAAAACCAUUCAAGAAUUGUUGCUUAUUUGUGAAAGUUUGAAAACGCAUACCACAGGAGAGGAAAUUUUUGAAGUUUUAAAUAAGUACUUAGUGAAAAAAAAUAUAUCAUGGCAAAAAUGUGUGGACGUAUGCACGGAUGGUGCUGCUACAAUGGUUGGGAAGAUAAAAAAGGUUUAA